CUCUAUAUCAGAUUGUAGAUUCUUGAAAGAGUUGAAAGAUCAAUAAAGUUUGGGCCAGCAUGAUUUUGAUGAGUGCAAAGUGAGGGUCGAAUUUAUGAAGGAAUAUAUUCACGACGAGGAUAAAAGAAGGGAAAGCUUUGGGAAGAAGCUCCACUUCAAGUCUCAGGCGUUGCUUGCAUUACAAUAAAAUGUUAGAAGUUGAAACAACUCUAGUUUCAAGAACAAGUAAAUGUCUGAGAGAUCAGAUUUUGCACAGAAGCUGCUCGAUGAUUUGCGUCUUAGGAAAGAACGAAUGAAUGCACCUCAGAAGUCAAGCCAAUCCAACCAGCUUCCUAUAGAUGCUUAUGCUUAUUCCAAGCAAACACACAGGGGAUCCAGGAGUUAUAAAGGAGGUGAAAAUGUUAGUUCCAGAACUGGGAACGUGCUGAAUAGGUCUAGCAGAAGCCAUAGAUCAGCAAAAGUUGGCGAAGUUUCAAAUCAGAUUGUUACAUAUGGGAGAGGUCAGAGGUUAGAGCAAACUGGUGAUAUGUCCCUAGCCCUGGCUUUUCCACUUGAGAAUGGAGGGAAACUUAGAAGAUCUGAUUCUUCUUUAACUAAUUCAAUCAUGAACUUCCUUGGCCAGCUUAAAAGGGGGACAUCGAGCUUUGGCAAAAUGGAACGACGGGGAGGUUCUGGUCGGCAACUAGCUUCAACUAGUCAGUUCCCUGCUCUCUCUCCUGUGCAGAUAAGUGAGAUAUGCAAAGGUGCACAGAAAUUAAAUCAGAUAUUAAGUGCCUCCCACCCCAAUGGUCUCACCAUAGAUAGACAUUCAAUAGAAUUUGCAAAGGAAUUAUUGCAAGGUGCUAUAAAUUUGGAGGAGUCCCUCAGGAUAAUAGUAGAUCAGCAGAAAAAUUUGGAGUUCAUCGUGACACCGCAGAAGAAAAAUCAGGUCAUAUUAUUAGAGGAGGAGGAGGAGGAUGUUGAUGAUGAAACCAAAACUUUGGAGCAAAAACAACUGGCACCACCAAUUUUCUCCUUUGACAAACGCUCUAAACAUUCUCAAAACUUUCAAGGGAAUCAAAACAUGAGUCUCAAGCAGACAAAUUACUUCAAAGGCAAAAAAUUAAAUAACGAAAAGCAAGAUGUCAACACAUCAAAAUUGCUUCCUCAUCAUAAGCGAUCAACUAGUUAUGGCUCUAAUGCGAAGAGUCAGAAUGCUGUUUCUGAACAAAAUAAUCAGUUGGCCUCAGUGCAAUCUGAUGCAGACAAGAGUGGGAUACCAAGUGUAGUAGCCAAAUUGAUGGGUCUGGAUAAUCUUCCAGGGAAAGUGGAAGUGAAACAUACCCCACAGAAGGGUUCAGAUUCUGCACAAAAAAUGGGAGUGGCAUUCAAGCACACUCCAAAAGGAAGUCAGAAGAAGAUGGAGCUGAAUAGCAGACAAACAGCGAAUUUGUUGCCACAGAAGAAGCAAAAAGUGAUAGAAUCGACUACCAUGCCUGCAACCCAGCAUAAGGAGCUCGGUGUUGAUAAAAAUUUGAAUACGCGGAAGGUCAGCUCUGAGGUGGUCGUUGAUAAUGGAAUAAGAGCAUUGAAAGGAUCAGAUAAGGCCAGCAUAAAAAAAGACAAGCAGAACGACAGUGCUGUUAAGGUCAAUUUUAUGAGACCAAGUCAAAUAGGGGUUCAGGAGAAAGAAAAAAGACAGGAUCACAUUAGUAACAGAGAACAGAAAGGCACAGGAAAAGGCAGAACCAAUAAUCUUAAUAAUAUGCUGAAUCAGAUGGAACAAGUGCAUGGAAGAUCAGAAGUUACAUAUUUGUUGCAGGAACAGAAGGAAACCAGUGGAAGUAUUCAUCAAUCUGAAAAGAGACACACAAACAUGCACAUCGUGGGCAAUCAAAAAAUGUGUCAGUAUCAUCUUGGAAUUGAAGAGUCAAACUUGGCCUUGAAGUAUGGGCCCCAGCAAGAAAAAUAUCAUAAAAAACAGUGGCUCCAGCUGAGUGAAAAGGAAAUGUUUAAGGCAAGAUCUCAAAGAGGGAGUGAAACUCCAUCCAAUAAUUUAUCUCAGAGGAAGCAGCUAUUCAUAAACCAUGUCGCCUCACUUCAGCACAAUUCAGCAGAAAACACUGGUGCGUUGAAUUCGGACAGGUCUUCAAUUAGCUAUUACGAUAAUCUAGUCAGAGAUGAAGUUUCCAAUGGCUUGAAUGUGCAAAUCAAAGAGAUGAUGAAAAAGGAGUCCUGUCAACUUUCCUCUCCAACAUGUCAAGAACCAGAAAAAGUUAAGGGGAAGAGGGGCAUCCAAAAAGUGAUGGUUGAGAAAGGUGUUCAUAAAAUAACUGACAAGAAGGUAAAGAGUACUAGAAAGCAAAAAAUUGAUAUGCCAGGAAAGAUUGAUGAGGUGUUGACACGAAGAAAUAGAAAAAUGCUCCAAAUCCCAAAACAAAUAAAGCAACACAGUCCCAUUAUGCAACAAGUGAUGCAAAGAACAUCUGACAGGAUCAACAUCUCAAAAGAAGCUGAGCGAGAAAGGGUGGGCACGUCCAAAGAAGCAGACACACGCCUAUUUAGCUCCAAUGCACCAGUAGCUACCACUGAACCAUUGGAAGUGAGAUAUCAACCACAUAAAGUAGAUGAAAUGCCUCCUACAUUGUAUAAUGAUGGUGAGCUUCAAUGCUCACAGAAAUCAGAAGCUUUAGUUCCCAACUAUUUGCAUGAAGAUGUGAAGUCAGUGACAAUAAGAGAUUUGCAAGAUCAAGCUGCUCUUGUGACAGCAGAUGAAGGAAUCGAAUCUGGCCAAAUUGCACCAUACACCAUAAAUGCGGACAUUUUCAACAUCACAGGAGUGCGUGCAUACAGAAUGAACAUUAACUCCCAUUUACAAGCGCAAGGCCCGAAUAUUUCAAGAAAAAGUCCAAAACCACUCACAGAAAGCGAAAACCGCCUCAAGUGGAACUUGAUCAAGAGUCAAUUGUUCCUUAACACUGCAGAAACACUUUUCAGAUUUGACAUGCCAUUUAGCAAUCCCCUUGGCAGUGGUUGGGAUAAUCAAGACUUAAGCAGCAAACUCAUGUUAGACUGUGGAUAUGAAGUCAUGAAACGAAAAGGGAUAAGGCAAGAGUUCAAAGCUCAUCCUUGCUCAAAGAUAUCAAUCAGUACCAUGAGAAUUAGAUCCUUAGAUGACUUGGUUAGGCAGCUGGAUGAAGACAUAGAGAAACUAACAUUCUGUGGAAGAAGCAGAAUUUCCCGAGUUGAAGUGGACGACUACCUUCCCAAAAUGCUAGCAAAUGAUGUUUACAAUAAGGAUCCAGAUAUCGACUGUAUGUGGGAAUUGGGUUGGAAUGACGAUACAUUUGCCUUUAUUGAGAAAUAUGAAGCAAUAAGAAAUAUGGAAAAGCAUGUUCUUAAUGGACUUUUGGAUGAGAUCACCACAGAACUUUGGCAUUUUCAAGGACUGAAUAUGUGAAGCCACUAACUCAGCUGAAUGAGAUAGCUGCUGCAAAAAAAAAAAAAAAAAAGGGUCUGUGUGUGUAGUUUCUUAUGCGACUUUUGUGAAUUGUAAUUUAUUGCAAGUUCAAUUUUACUUCGAUUUCUAGCCUCAUAUAAAUCCAUCAAGAAAAUGGAAUAUGUUCAUUCCACCAAAGGCAUUUCAAUUUCUGGGAAGACUAGAGGAACACCCAA